UGGUUUUAAAUGAAUCGCAUCGUGCAAAAAUAUAAACUUAGGUAUGUUCAUGUUAAUGCCAAAUAAGGAUGGUUUGCAAGAAAUCGUGAUGACGGAGGCCUGAAAAAAAAAAGUAAAAAUGUUCUCCUAAUCAAACAUAAGAUUUCUUAUUUUACAAUUAAGAGGACUUCUUACAAAAUAAUAUUAUAAUAAAAUGUUUAAAUAGUAGCUUAGGUGCUCAAACGGUAUUUAAAUGUGUUUAUUCAGAGUGGGUAAACGUAAAUUUGUUAUUUUAUAAGCAUAAAAUUAUUCGUUAUUUAAGUUUGAAUAGUAGAAUGUCUAAUGCGAUUAUUAAAAAACGCUUGGAUUCUUAUUAUAAACAUGCAUCAUUUGGAUCUAUUGAAUCAAUGGUUUCUUGGUGUUUGUGGCCAUGCUUAGCGCUGUAUCCAAUAUAUAUUUCAUUUCAGUUGUCUAAAAAGUUUGAACAUCAUCUUGUUGAUGGUUGCCUUGACACGGGUUGGUUUUCCUUAAGAAGAGAUGUAACAGAUUAUGAGUGGACUGAUUUUCGAGAUAAUUCAACAUUAAUUGUUGUUGUCAAUCUUUUAUACUCUAUUUUAGGAAGAUUUGUUGCCCUUAAUUUUCCUAAAGUCAAGAAGUUUUAUUAUUCAGUCGCUGGUGCAUUUUUAAUUUUAAUAAUUGUGUCUUUUCAAGGGUUUUUGUUAUUAUGUACAAUAAUUUUUAUAUUCUAUUUUGUUAUUGAGUAUCUCAAUCGAAAAGCAAUGUGGCUAUUUGUAUUGAUAUUUAUAGUUAGUUUUCACAAAGAUACUUGUCGGCAGUACUUAUUUUUAUUUUUUGGUAUUAAAGCUGCAAAAAGUGGUGUUGUUUAUAUUUCAGUUUUGAUGACUAUAUUACGCAUAAUUAGUUAUGGAACAGAAAAAAAUCUAGAAACUUUUUCAUUUACAUUCACUGAUUUUUCAAGCUAUAUGUUCUAUAUACCAUUAUUUUUUCGAGGUCCUUUACUAACAUUUGACUUGUUUGUGAAAGAUUUCAAUCAGCCAUUAUUGCAAAGCACCGUUGUUACCUUAAAAGAAUUUGUUAUUGGAUUUCUGCGAUGUGUCACUAUUGGGUUUGUUAUUGACAUUUAUUAUCACUACUCAUUAGUAAAUGCUUUAUCAAGCCAUCACCAUGUGUUACAAAAAUUAAAUGAAAUAGAAGCAGUUGCUGUAGGAUGGUCACUUAUCAUUAUGUUUUAUGUUAAAUAUAAAGUGUUCUAUGGAAUAGCAUAUGUUUUUACAAAAAUUGAUCAAAUUGAAUCACCUUCUCCGCCAAGGUGUGUUUGUACAUUGUACACAUUUGUUGAUAUGUGGCGCUAUUUUGAUCAAGGUCUGUAUAGACUACUUCAGAGAUCGAUUUAUUUUCAAAUUGGAGGAUUACAUCGAACAUUUUUAAAAACAUUAUUUGCAGCAUUUUGUUGCUUUGGUUUUGUAUCUAUUUGGCAUGGCAAUAACAAACAAUAUUGGUACUGGGGGUUUUUUAACUGCUUCGGAAUAUGCAUUGAGCACUUUUUUUUAAAAGUAAUCAAAAGUAAAAGAGGAGAUACUUUUUGCAACAUGAUUGGGUUAUUAAAUUUUCGAAGAGUUGUUGGUUUCAGUGGGUCUUUAUCCAUUUUGUCAUUGAUAUAUUCAAACUUAGUUUUUGUUGCAAGCAUUGAGUCUGCAAACAUUAUAUACCAAAAAAUAUUGUUAAAUUGGUACAUGCCUGCUAUUUUAAUUUUUAUAUUUUACUUUUCUACUCAAGUUUCUAUUGAUCUAUAUUACACCAGCUAGUUUUAGCUUUGAUUUAUUUGCUGCAUUUUAACUGUGUCUGUAAUG